AUGACAGCUCUGCUGGUUCAGCUAGGGCUUUUUGCUAUCGUAGCAUCAGCAGCACAGGUAGCUGCCCAAUGUUGCGUUUCCGGGCAGAACUCGGACUUCUGUACCGUUUUCCAGAUGUUGUCAACCAUGGAACAAGCAGAGGUUAUGAGCAUCUUGGGAGAGAACUGUGACGGAGAUGCAGAUGAAGCGUUGAAAACUCUUGAAAAAAGAAAACCCAACUUCAUGAGAUACGGUCGUUCAUCUAAUGGAAUUCAGUUCGGAAAGAAAGGGUCUGAUCCCAAUUUCUUAAGAUUUGGUCGUUCUCAACCAAAUUUUUUGCGAUUCGGUAAAGCAGCAGUUGGAGACCCAAACUUCUUGCGCUUCGGCCGAAGUGAUCCUAACUUCCUUCGAUUCGGAAAAGCUGCUGCAGAUCCAAACUUUUUAAGGUUCGGAAAGCGUUCUGCUGAUCCAAACUUCCUACGAUUCGGAAGAGCCAUGGCUGAAGGAUUCGAUCGUGAAUUGAGAAAGCCAAACUUUUUGCGAUUUGGAAAGUAA